AUGGCCGACUGGCUGGAUGUUCAGCGCCUUCGGGCUGAAUUUGAAGCAGUUCAGCAAAAAUCUUCUCUACAAAAGCUUUCUGAAAGGAAUGUAAUUGAGAUUGUGUCGAAACUGGUUGAGUUGAAAUUGACCAAUGUUAUCUACACUCUUGAUGGCAAAGAAUAUCUCACUUGGCAACAACUGGAAAAGGAAAUACUUGAAGAACUCUACAUCAAUGGAGGGCGGGUGAAUCUUGCAGAUUUGAAACAAGCUUUGAAUGUUGAUUAUUCUCACAUUGAAGCAAAAGUUAAUGAUAUCACACGCCAUAACCAUGACGUAACUUUGCUGCUUGGCCAAUUGUUUAAUAAGUCUUACAAAACAAGGAUUGCAGAAGAAAUCAAUGAAAAAUUGCAAGAAAAUGGCCACCUUUUGAUAAUAGAUUUGAUCCAACAGUAUGACCUGCCACCAAAUUUUCUGUUGUCAAUUAUACAACAAAACAUUGGUUCAGUCAUUAAAGGUAAAAUGGAUAAUAUAAACAAAGAUGUAAUCUAUACUGACUUGUUUAUUUCUCGAAUGCGAGCCAAAAUCCGAGGUCUGUUUAGUGCCAUGACAAGACCAACUUCAAUGUAUAAUAUUUGCAAGCAACAUGGCUUUAAAGAAAACAUGUUUUGUACUAUUGUUGAAGAAUUGCUAAAAAGUCAUCGGAUCAGUGGAACUUUGAUUGGUCAAAAAGAGAAAGGCAUUUACCAUCCAGAAAAUUAUGUGAAGACACAAAACAAAUGGGUGGAAGAUUUCUACAAUCAAAAUGAUUAUCUUGAGUAUGACACAUUGUCUAGACUUGGAAUUGGGGACCCGAAAGACUUCAUUAAAAGAAAAUUUAAGAAUGAACCAUUAACAUUUCUCAGUACAUGUUGCAUUGGUGCCAGUCUCAAAGAACAAGUUGAAGCUAGUGUGGAUGAAGCUUUGAGUAACGGAACUUGGAUAGACAUCCUGUCUUACCUUCCUUCAGUGAUUACGAUUGAAGAUGCCAGCCAGUUAUUGUCAUCAAUUGUAAGCAAACAUAAAGAGGCCUUCCAAUGUUGCGAUACAAUCAUUGCUAGCAACAAACUGAUAUGUGAGUGCAAGAAACCUUUCACAGAAAUGAUGAAAACCAAAGCAGCCAAGGAAUCCAAAUCUAAUAGUGCUGUAUUCAAAGCUGAGAAGAAAAGUGGCAACAACCGAAAUUUUGAUGAAGGAAGAGAAGAUAAAAAAGAAAAUAGGAAAAAAAAAGGUGGAGGUGGCAGCACCAAAAGUGGAGGUGGUAGUCAAGGAAGGGAGAUCAAAAGUAGAUCAACAAAAAAGAAAUAUCGUGUCAGUCAUGAAGACGAUUCAGAUGAUGAAGCAAUGGAUGGUGGCAAAGCACAACUUAAAAAAUUACAUUUCAUGGACAUUGAAGAAAUUGAAGAAGUCAUAAGGAAAGAAGAAAAAUUAAUCGAUUCUCCUGAUGAAUUGGUCACUGAAAUUGCUACCCAAUUGUACAAGCCUCUUACUCAAGAAUAUCAAGAAAUUGCUAAAUCCAUCUUUUUUGAAACUUCUGGUUCAGCUACAGGAGCAGGCAGAAAAAAGAAUUUCACAGAAGUACAAGACAAAGUGUGUGGACUUUGGUCAAAUAUGUUACUCAUAGAGAAAGGGAUCAAGUAUUUCCCUGAGGCAACCCAGACUCAAUUGGUAAAGCAUCUAUUGAAGACAAUUUGUACUGACAUCACAAAUCUUAUUGUUACCACUGUAGCAAAUGAACACAUGUUAUCCAUUCCUGAUGAAAUCCAGUUGACACCAGAGACUCGUGCUAAUGUCAUCCAAAAAUUUCCGGAACCUUCACAAAGUCUCCUGAAGAAGUUGAAUGCAUCACUGAACAAAAACCUUGGUGAAUUUUCUACCCAUCUGAACACUGUCUGCAGUCCAGAGAAUUUGGGCAUCAUGCUGAGAAAACCUGAUCGGAAAAAGGAAAAGCAACUUUUAACAGAACACCGUCAAACCUUGAUUGUAGAAUUGUCCAGUGAAAGUGACCCAGCAGCUGCCCUCCACUUGGCUUCAAUGAUUCUUUUUCAAACCUUUACCAAUUCCUUUGUCCAUGCACCUGGACGAUGUGUGCCCAAAAUUAUUGACUUCCUUGCUGAGCACAUGUCGCCUUUGUCUCAUGAAGUUCUUCGAAUCUUCCAAGACCUGGUGAUCAAGGAUAUAAAAUUACAAGGAGAGGACAAGGAAGAAUCAAGUGAUAAGUCUGAAUACCAAAGAGCUUUGCAGGAACUUUUACCUAAACUUCAAGAGAUUGCUGUUAUGACAAAGAUAAAAGACAAAGAAAAGUCCCCAGAGUCACCUUAA